AGCCGAGAUGCCGGGAGCACACGGUAACUCGGUUACAAAGUGUCAUACAGGAACAGUAAGGGUCAUAUAGGAUGUUGCGGAAACUUUUUGUUUUAUUUUUAGCGGUCUGGAGUGCUUCCCCGCUGAGUUUACCGGAUUAUUUGAAAUCUUGUUCAAGAAAUGACCCAAAGUUGAACGAAUGUGCAUUAAAAUCUGCAAGAGAGUCUCUUAAUUUAUUCGCACUGGGUGACCCUAGUAGAGGUCUAUUGCCAUUGGACCCGCUAUAUGUUGCUGAAAUGAAGAUUUAUGUUCCUGAUAAAAACGGCUUAAAGGUCGUUUUUAAAAAUAAUUAUUUUAAAGGAUUAGCGAAAUUGCAUUUAGAAAAUCUUACAUUCGACUUGGAUAAAAAAUUAAUCACUGCUGAUGCCUUAGUGACUCUUGAUGUAAAAAAUGAAUAUGAGGUCAGUGGGAAAAUCCUUGUUUUGCCGAUUCGAUCCAGUGGCGAUGCAUCUAUAAAGCUAAAAAAUACACUAUUGCAUAUACGCAUAUGGUACAAACACAUAAAAGCAGAUGACGAUAAAGUAUACUGGAAUAUUACAAAACAUGAUACCAAGUAUGAGGUAGAAAAAGCAACAUUCCGAUUAGAAAAUUUAUUGAACGUUAAAAAUAUAGGGGACCAAAUAAACAAACUCCUCAAUGAAAUGUGGCGUGAGAUUGUGGCAGAUGUAGGCCCGUCGAUAUGCGAGAGCCUCAGCGCAUCUGUAGUGAACAACUUGGCUGUUCUACUUAGCCAGGUUCCCUAUGACGAACUUAUGCCUGAGUGAAUGCGACACAAAACGUACCUCUUACGUUGCAUUUACAUCAAACGAGCGAAUCUCAUUAUAUCCCCGCUAUGUCAAAUUCUUA